AUGGCCUCACGAGGAGGAAGAGGCCGAGGACUCGGCCUGCGAAUCGGCGUGCCGGCUCGGACCGCCAACGCGGCUCGACCCCAGCCUCUGCCUCUCCCCGUUCCUCAAGCCCUCCCCAUGCCUCCAGCCGGCGCAGCCGCCGCAGCAGCAGCCGCCGCGAAAGGCGCACCCACCAGCGUUCAGCCCGUCCCCGUCGCCGCGAUCAACGGCGGACCAGGCGGCGGGGCCGGCGGCGCUGCGUCGGGAGCUGGUUCUGGUGUUGCUGGGGGAGGCGCGUUAGUAGGCGUCGCGGGAGCGGGUAACGCGGUGAAAGCGCCGAUGAUGGUGUUCACGCCGCGGGAAGAUGUGGCUUUAGAAGAUCUGGAGCGGAUUUUGCCGCCGUUAGGGUUUGGAAGCGGAGGUCGCGUGUAUCGCGUUCGGCAUAAGAAAACGGGCAAGGAGUACGCGCUGAAGGUGAUUCAGGAGAAGUACGACGAGGAGGUGCGGAAGCAGAUCAUUCAGGAGAUGCAGAUCCUACGGCGCGCACGAUCUGACCAUGUGGUGGAGUGUUACGGCAUCUUUGACCACCUCGGGGAAAUCUCAUUCGUCUUGGAGCUCAUGGAUGGUGGCACUCUGGCGGAUGUGACUAAGAAGAGGGGUAAAAUUCCCGAGUCAUUCAUGCCGGAGGUGGCGCGGCAGUGUCUGCAGGGGCUGCUGUACCUGCACCGGCAGCACGUGGUGCAUCGCGACAUCAAGCCCUCCAACCUGCUCUUCAACCGCCAGGGCCAGGUGAAGAUUGCUGAUUUUGGGGUGAGCAAGGAGUUGGCAUCUACCCUCGCGCAGUGCAACUCCUAUGUGGGCACCUCCGCCUACCUCUCUCCGGAGCGCAUCAAUCCACCGCCAGGCGAGGGCUACGACGGCUACCUCUCAGACGUCUGGUCCAUGGGCCUCUCGCUCCUGGAGCUCGUGAUUGGCCGGUUCCCGUACGUGCAGGCCGGGCAGUCGGCUGAUUGGAUGACGCUUUUCGGCGCGAUUGUUUUCAACGAGCCGCCCGAGGCUCCGGGCAGCUGCUCGCCGGAAUUCCGGGAUUUUAUCCGAUGCUGUCUGCAGAAGGAGCCGAAAAAGAGGAAGAGUGCGGCCGAGUUGCUGGAGCACCCCAACCCCUACCACGAGUGCACGGACUACUGCUUUCGAAAAAUCGCCGAGCGGAAAGGCCGGCCUGGAGCCACAGCACCUGCGAAAGGCGAGGCACCGUCGCAGCUUCCUACCUCCUUCGGCAGACAAGAAAAAGUUAAACGGAAGUACGACGAGGUUGUCAUAGACGGACGGAAAGCGGCGGUUGGACCGGGAGAGGAGGACCUAUCCGUGGUCGCAGCGCAGAGCACUCGGCAAUCCCGAGGCCGACAAGCUCAGCGUCGAGAUUCGCCAGAUCGGACGGCUGAGGAUGACCGACAGGCGGCAGCUGACGUGGUGGAUGUGCCGACCUAUGAAGGCAUGGACGCGCGGCAAAAGAAGCUUUUCGAGAUUCGCCUUAAGCUGAACCAGGCGCGGAAGGCGAAUCAGACGGCGGUGGUGGCGGAGAAGCGGCAGGAGGAGAAGCCCGCGGAGGAGGAGUCGCGCGGGGUGAGCAAGGCGGCGUGGUUCGAGGAGAAGACGCGCAAGAUGAGCAAGCAGCUGGACGCCGCGGGACUGGAUAUCACCAAGGCGUACAUGCUUGAGACGCAGGAGGCGGCGGAGAGCAAGUACAAGAAGUGGGAGAAGAAACCGGCUCCUUUUGGCUGGGAUGCGUUCAAUCAGCAGGCACUGUACAACGCAUACAAGAAGCGCACAGGCAACAUCCCGUACACAGAAUUGGACUACCUUAAAGCCAAGGAAAAAGACCCUGACUUUUACCGCGAUGACGCGAGCCUCCAGUACGGGCAAGCUCCGGAGAUUCCCGAGGAGAACGUUGACAGAAUGGUGGCUGAGCUGACAGAUAGAGCCAAGAGCCGCAAGGAGUUCAGCAGGAGACGGCGGCAUCAUGAUGAGAAGGAUAUUGAUAGUAUUAAUGAUCGGAACGAGCACUUCAACCGGAAGAUUGAGCGCGCGUUUGGGAAAUACACGGUGGAGAUUAAGAAUAAUUUGGAGCGGGGUACUGCGUUGCCUGAUUAA